AUGGAACAAGCUCCCGAAAGCCAACCAGAUGCCUUGUCUGCAGGCAGACGUAACCUACCCUACAAUACAAAACCAUACGAAAUCGAGGAAGUGCUCGCCACCAAUGGCUUCGGCCACUUAGAAAAUAUCCACAUCUCUAUCGAUCCCGUCAGCGCACGGAACCCAGGCUACUGUUUCGUCGACUUCACCGACCGAUCGACUGCCGACCAUGCCCUUAGUUCCUUGAGCGCAACCAUUAGCGGACGGCCUAUAAGGGUAGGCCCAUGCGAGCCCAAGAAGCAGGGCGAUCGCCAUUACAACCGCCAGGACAGCUUUGCUUUCCGGCGAUGGGGCGAUUGGAGCGCCACUAGCGAGAUUACCAUUGGCCAAAUCAGUGGCAAGGGGAUCGAACAGGGUCCCUACUGGGCCCUGGAUCACUUUGAUGACAUGAUACAGAGCCACGAGGCGCGGAGGCUCUAUGUCGGUGGGUUGGGCAAGAUGAUUAACCAAGCCCAACACAACCGAGAGAUCACCGAUCUUUUCGCUGGCUUCAGCCCGACGGCGAUUGGCAAACGGAUCACGCCACACAAGAGCACAAGAUCUAUGCCAGGCAACCAUCACUACUGCUUCAUUGACUUCGAGACCAAGGAGGAGACAAAAGCAGCGAUGAAGGCACUGAACGGCAGGCCCAUUGCGGAGGGCAAGCUAAAGGUAGCGCUGGCGGGGGACAUACCUAGAACGCUGGUUAAUCGUCAUACUGAUGUCAGAUACGGUCGCCGUGUGUACAAUGGGAAUUACUUGGGUUCAAAUAGCCCCCGUUCUGAAAACAUGGCGGAAUCGAACAAGGCCUUAGCAUCCAGCGACUGGCGCAGGAGGGGUAACGAGUAA